AUGUCGCGCUACAUUCUCCCGGUCGUCGCAGCCGCCGGUCUGGCCCUCGCCAAGACAGAUAUCGACGGCUGCACCUCAUUCACCUCCACGGUCACCGUCCGCACCGAGAUCGGCUACGGCAACACGUAUGAGACGGUCAUCUGGUACGUCCCGGACACCCUCGAGAUCUGCCGAGGCGUCGACUGCGGCGGCGGUCGUGCCCCGCCCCGUAAGGUUCCCGGGUGCCCCAUGUACUCCGGCACGGAAACCGUAACAGCGAGCUUUCUGUCCACAGAUCCGGCCGCCCCGGUAAGCACAGUGGUCACCGUUACACCUACGAAGACUAGCACCGUUGCGCUUGUGACGGUGACAUCGACUGAGAGCGGGGCAACGGAAGCGGGCGCUUCGGAGACGGGCUCGAGCCCAUCGGCAUCUGGCGGCAGCGUCGAAGCUACCACCGUUCCUACGACAAGCGUAUCGGUAGCGACGGAGACUACGGGCGGAAGUGCUACUGGCACCGGAAGCAGCGCGGCAGCCUCGGGGACGGAGACACCGGCGGGAGCGGGGCCGACGGCAAGGGCUGGCGUAGCCGCUGCGCUGGGUGUUGCCGCUGCUGUUGCGCUUCUUUGA